CGGGGAGCGACCAAGGGGAAUGGCUUGCUGGAACGUUAGCCCAGGGUCUCGGGGCCUGGAGGGGGUAACCCCUGAAGCGUCACCCCGCAGAACACCUCUAAGCGUAAGGGAGCGUUGUUGACCCCCAGAAUUUAGAGGGAACUACCCCAGAACCCAUCAUCCAGAGAAAGGGAAGCCCCUGGGAGAGGGGACUUGUCUUCGUCCGCUCUUUGCACCAGUAUGGAGAGAGCUCCCACUCAGGGAGUCUCCAAGUUGGUCCGCCAGGCUGCUCGGCGGCUUCACCUUGCAGACUUAGGCUGGCGCUCCAGAUAGAGGCCAUCCAAGGGUUCUCACUGCUUCUCUUUUAAGGCUGGUGUUUAUCUCAAAAGCUUAGGCCCGCCCCGGUUUCUCUGAGCAAGGUGGAAUACCCACGUACCGGAAAGAUAGCGUUCUGGGAAACCCCGGGCCCGUGAGUCCCAACUGGCUCGCUGGCCUCUGUGCUGUAUUGUGCAUCAGGGUUACAGAUGGUGGGAUUCUACUCACUCCAGGUCGGUCUCAUUCAUGCAGUCAAAAAACCUUGGCACCUUUUUUUUGUGCUAGGCAGUGGGCCAAGAAUAUGGCUAUGACCAACACCAGGCCCUUACCUUCCUCAAGUCCAGGGUCUGUCAAGGGAGACAGUCACAUACAGAAGCCAGAUUUACUAUGGGGUAGCGGAGCUCGGAGAUGUGAGACCCCAUUCAGCUUAGGUAGAUUCAGCUGAAUGUGGGGUUUGCAGGAGGCUCUCAUGACUCCUGAAAGCCAAGUAGGAGCUAGCCAGAUGAAGAGGCAGCAGAAAGUGGAAGCAGAGACUAAACAAACUUUCUCUUGUAUGUAGAAGUAGACAUGACCCUUUGUGUUAGCCUCUUUAAGUGCACUUCUCAGGGUGGCAGUUGCUGUAGAGACUUUACGGUAUUUGAGCUGUAAAGAUGUAAUAGGAAAGGAGACUACCUGUCAGAUUUGGUUUGAGAGAGUUCUCCAUUGGAAUUCAUGUCUUUCCUUGUGUUUUGUUUUCAUGAUUAUUAUCAAAGAUUGUAUUCUGUUUCAGAGCUGAGAACCAGCCUUGUUCCUAGAUUAACAACAUCCAACAUUAACAUCAUCCAACAAAUAAUCACAUACCUACUACCAUUGCCAGACACAGUAAGAUACACCAGUAAAUACUUUUCACCAGGGUCCCUGUUCUCAUAGAGUUCACAUUCUGGUUAGAGAAGGCAGAAAUAAAGAAACAAAUCAAACAAAUGAGAUAAUUUCAUAAUUGAGGAGAUGGAGUGGUGAGCUUUCUUGAUGGCCUCUGAAGGGAUGAGUAAGAGGACAGAAAAAUGACCUUGGUCUUUUGUGACCUUGUCAAGGUCAGUUUGAAUGGAGAAGUUGGGACCGAGCCUGGUUGGAAGAGGCUGAAGAGAGGACAAGAGGAAAGAAAGUGGGGCUAGAGAUUUUAUAUCCUUUAAAGCUUUUGGAGUGAGAGGGAACAAAGAAAUGGGUCUGUGGGUUCCACUGGGAUAUGGAAAUGGUGUCUUUUUUAAAAAAUUAUUUUUAUUUUUUAAAUUAACUGGAAGAUACCAGAGCCUGAUAAGAUGCUGCUGGGUGUGUGAUCCAGCAGAGAAAGGAAGGGUUUGCUGAUGCCGCACCAAGGAAGCAGCUACAGGAUAGGUUGCAGAACAUGAGUGGAAUGGCCUUCCAUGGGAGCAUAUAGCAAUAGGAAGGAAAGCAGAAAAGAUUAUUGAAAAUAUAGGUACUAAUGCAAGUCACUAUGGAGUUAAAAAAAAACAUUCUUUCCCCCUAAGGUUUUUUUACCCAUCUUGCUGGGAAUGCAUGUCAUAUAGGUACAUGUGUAUGUGUGUAGUGUGUGUGUGUUGUGAGUGAUUUGGGAAUGUAAAGGUCCUAUCAUUUCUAAACAAAAUACUAAUUUUCAUAAUGAACAAUUGAAUAUUACUGAUCAAAUUGUACACAGUUGUGUACUCUUGCAAAAAUAUAGCCACUAUUGCACAUCCCAGGGUGUACAUGCAUUUUCAAGAAUUCUUUCUAACCAGAUCAGUGAAUUCCAUGACCAGGAAUUGCACCAGGAAAGGAAGUAUGGAUCAGACACUUCAUAAUUAUUGGCAUUUUGCAUGGAGAUAACUGUGGAAGAGUUUUAGGAGCAAGUGGUUUCUGCCAUGCAGAUUUAUUUAAGUACAUCAAAUACCUGCUAGGAUUGUGUUUUUCUUAUAUCUUGCUAACUGGAAUAGCACAAAUAUAGGUGCCCCGUCCACAUAGUACCUGCAGGUAAUUGUUAUUGGACAUUGUUCAGCUAAACCACUGUCCCUUAAACCAUUAACUAAAUGAGAUUUGUUCAAGUGAGAUAGUUUUCUCCAGUCUCGGUGGAAGUUGGUUCCAAGCGGGCAGAUUUUAGAACUGUCUGAAGAGCCCCAGUCUGUUGGCUUCUAUAGGGUUAACUAAUAUUUAUACAAGACAGAAGAGAAAGAUGUCAUUCCGUAAAGUAAACAUCAUCAUCCUGGUCGUGGCAGUUGCUCUCUUCUUACUGGUUUUGCACCAUAACUUCCUCAGCCUGAACAGUUUGCUGAGGAACGAGGUUUCAGAUUCAGGAAUUGUGGGGCUUCAGCCCAUAGACUUUAUCCCAAAUGCUCCCCAACAUGCGGUAGACGGGAGACAAGAGGAGAUUCCUGUGGUCAUUGCUGCAUCUGAAGAUAGGCUCGGGGGGGCCAUUGCAGCCAUAAACAGCAUUCAACACAACACUCGCUCCAAUGUGAUUUUCUACAUUGUGACGCUCAACGGUACAGCAGACCAUCUCCGGUCCUGGCUCAGCAGCAGUACCCUGAAAAGCAUCAGGUACAAAAUUGUGAAUUUUGACAGUAAACUUUUGGAAGGGAAAGUAAAGGAGGAUCCUGACCAGGGGGAAUCCAUAAAACCAUUAACUUUUGCAAGGUUCUACUUGCCAAUUCUGGUUCCCAGUGCAAAGAAAGCCAUAUAUAUGGAUGAUGAUGUAAUUGUGCAAGGUGAUAUUCUUGCCCUGUACAAUACACCACUGAAGCCAGGACACGCAGCUGCAUUUUCAGAAGACUGCGAUUCAGCCUCUACUAAAGUUGUCAUCCGUGGAGCAGGGAACCAGUACAAUUACAUUGGAUAUCUCGACUAUAAAAAGGAAAGAAUUCGUAAGCUUUCCAUGAAAGCCAGCACCUGCUCAUUUAAUCCUGGAGUUUUUGUUGCAAACUUGACAGAAUGGAAAAGACAGAAUAUAACUAACCAGCUGGAAAAAUGGAUGAAACUCAAUGUAGAAGAGGGACUGUAUAGCAGAACACUGGCUGGCAGCAUCACAACACCACCACUCCUGAUCGUAUUUUAUCAACAGCACUCCACCAUUGACCCUAUGUGGAAUGUUCGCCACCUUGGUUCCAGUGCUGGAAAACGAUACUCACCCCAGUUUGUAAAGGCUGCCAAGUUACUCCAUUGGAAUGGGCACUUUAAACCAUGGGGAAGAACUGCGUCAUAUACUGAUAUCUGGGAAAAAUGGUAUAUUCCAGACCCGACAGGCAAAUUCAGCCUAAUCCGAAGACAUGUGGAGAUCUCAAAUAUAAAGUAAGAUGUAACUUGUGCGAUUAAGCAUUUCUCAGGAAAUCCUGGCAGGCAGUACAUGUGUGGCGUGAUUUGCUAGGCUUCAAUGCCUAUCUGUAGGAACUCAUGGAAAAAGGGACAUUUCAGCUAGGUUAAAAAAAAAGACAAACUGCCCCAUCUGCCUCGUCUGCCUUACCAAGAAUCUGCUUACUGACAGUGCUGAAUGAUAGAGGUGAAUGGACUUAGACACAGCCCGGUGUGGCUAGUUCAACACCGAUGCUUGGUUUUGAUUUUGUAACCUGUGGCUUAACAUAAAUAAAAUAAAAACUACAUUUCUCAAUAA